GUCCGCGGGGCGCCGGGAGCAGGCCGGCGGCGGGGCGGCCGCGCGCCGGGGCCAUGCCGCGCUCCUUCCUUGUGGACUCGCUGGUGCUGCGCGAGGCCGGCGAGAAGAAGGCGCCGGAGGGCAGCCCGCCGCCGCUCUUCCCCUACGCGGUGCCGCCGCCGCACGCCCUGCACGGCCUCUCCCCGGGCGCCUGCCACGCGCGCAAGGCCGGGCUGCUGUGCGUGUGCCCGCUCUGCGUCACCGCCUCCCAGCUGCACGGGCCCCCCGGGCCGCCCGCGCUGCCCCUGCUCAAGGCGUCCUUCCCGCCCUUCGGCUCGCAAUACUGCCACGCGCCCCUGGGCCGCCAGCACUCGGCCGUGUCGCCCGGGGUCGCUCACGGCCCCGCCGCCGCCGCCGCCGCCGCCGCGCUCUACCAGACCUCGUACUCGCUCCCCGACCCCAGGCAGUUCCACUGCAUCUCCGUGGACAGCAGCUCGAACCCGCUGCCCAGCAGCAAGAGGAUGCGUACGGCGUUCACCAGCACGCAGCUGCUAGAGCUGGAGCGCGAGUUCGCCGCCAACAUGUACCUGUCCCGCCUGCGCCGCAUCGAGAUCGCGACCUACCUGAAUCUGUCGGAGAAGCAAGUGAAGAUCUGGUUCCAGAACCGCCGGGUGAAGCACAAGAAGGAGGGCAAGGGCAGCAACCACCGCGGCGGCGGCGGCGGGGGCGCGGGGGCGGGCGAGGGCGCACCGCAGGGCUGCAAGUGCGCGUCGCUCUCCUCCGCUAAAUGCUCCGAGGACGACGAUGAAGUGCCCAUGUCUCCGUCCUCUUCGGGGAAGGAUGACCGCGAUCUCACGGUCACUCCCUAGGUGCACGCCUCCCCAGGGAGUCCACCCCAGACACUCCCCGCGCGUGGCUCCAAGACUGGUCCUUGGACACGGCACUGUUUCCCAGGCACCCACUGCCUAAGGCGGUCGCGCACGGACGUAGCGCGAUUUUGCAGGGGUCUUCCGUCCUGGGAAGAGUCAAGAGCUUGGCUGACCUGACCUUGUUGUCCCCACCCCAGGGCGCGCGGCUAUCCAAAGCGGACUCCCAGCUAUGAACACACCGCAAGCGCGCGAAUCUUUCUCGGCCAGGCGACAGAGCGGCCCGGCCCAGCCCAGCGCCUUGCCGGCGGCCGGCGCCUCCUCGCCCGCCAGCUCCGGACUGGCUCAGGCUUUCUCGCUUCCUCGGCUCUUCUCCACCCUGGGCCAAGCUCGGCCUUUCACCUCUAGGGUGCCCAUUCGCUCCUCCCUCUUUUUUUUUUUUUUUUUUUUUUUUUGUCUUUCCCUCCCCACCUCUUUGCUACGGUGAUUAAUCCACUUCCCCCAACCGCCAUACACACUUAGGAACUCCUGGGUUUUGGUGUUUUUCUUUUCCUUUCUCCUCCCCUCCCGCAGAGCCCCCUUGAAGUUCAUCGUUCGUUUGUCGCCCCCCAUCCGACCCUGCUGUGCUCAUGGCUCUUCUUCCACGAGAGAAACUGCCUGUCGGGAAGCCGGUUCACUUUGUCUUGGAGUCGCUCUGCGUUUCCCCCAGAGUCCCCCUGUCUGCCUCUGAGGACACUCGUCUCCCAUACCCCAGCCCUGCCCCGGCCUAGCUUGUCAUUGUAAGGUCUCUGUAAUGCCAGAAGAUAUUUAUUUAUUUAUUUAUGUACAAAAUUUUAAAUAAACUUUUUUUUUUCCUU